UUGCAGGGACUGACAGACCAGAGCGGCUUUGGCAAACAGCAGCACAGUGCGGCCAGCUUGCACACGAGAGGCCACGUUCCUUUUUUGAGGGGUUUUUUGUUUGUCUUUGUUUUGCUUCCUCCAAGCGUGAUGGUGACCCUGAAGCUUCUGACCUGAUCUUCUCUCCGUGGAGGAUGACGCAUUGCAAGUGUCCUACCAGACGCUCCAUGGACGUGGUGACUGGAUAGGACGGCGAGCACGUAAGUAGACUGUGAUAAUGUUUCUAAGCCUAUCCGCUCUUUUAUUGGAUGAAUAGAAUUACCUCUGCCAGGGAGGUUAUAUUUUUGCCCGUUUGUGUUCAAAAUCACUUGAAAAGUUCUCAGUGGAUUGGACGAAAUUUUCAGGAAUUGUCCGAAAUGGGAUAUGGAAGAACUGAUUCAGUUUUGCCAUCUGGAUCCCGGAUCCGGGGGGGGGGGGGCUCAAUACAGGACAAGUUUCCAACAGGUUCUGCAAAAUUCCAGAUAAUGGAAUCAUUCCGGAUGCUGUGAUCCAGAAUAUGAACAAGUAAGGGAGCUUUGGAAUUUUCAUCAUAGGAAGACAACAAAGGAAGCUCUAAACAUGCAACAAACACCAUGAUACAGCAUAACCAAGACACCGUGGAAUCUGGAUCUGUUGUAUCUUCUAAAGCUAUGGAGCUCGACCACGAAGAACACCGCCGUUACGGAAAAUGCCAUUUUUGUGAAUAACUACUGAACUAAUAUUGAUAUCAUAAUGAAUCCAAUUGCUCAUGGUAUGUUUUCAUGGUCAGUGAGUCUAAAUAUGAAGAUAAAAUAAAUGUAGGACUCCUAUUUCUGCUGUAAAUCACAACAUGGGGGACUGUGGCGCUUGGCGGAGGUCUGCGCUCUCCAUGACAGUAAUAAUCUCUGUACAUUGCAGGUGCAUGCUGUUGGAGUGCUUAGCGCGAGCCUUCUUCAAAACGAACCUGCUGCAUUUAUUUAGGGCAGUGACAAGAGGUUAGAAGUGAGCCAGCAAUAAACAGGAUUAAGCACAGUCGAUUGACUCUCAUCGGAGGAGUUAAAAGUGGCAGACGUUGCUGUAAAAUAAGUGGAUAAUAUGAUAGCAGGCGUCCCGAUACUUUUGUCCGGUGAUGUUUUUGUUUGUUUGUUUUGAGCAGCAACAGUCAUGGGAUGUGGCGUCACAAAGUCCCACCCGUUCCAAAAGCAUUCCGUGAAAGGUAAGCGUGUCACACUAUCCAACCACGAGUGGGUACAUUGUCUUGUCACGUGGUGGCACUGCUUUGCUUAAUACACAGCUUUUUCCACGUGACCCCAUGCAAUAAUACAUGUACGCCUUUGACGGACACAAAUCUAAUGUGACCUUCCCUCAUGAAUGAAUUUCUGUUCUUCUUCCUGUUCUUCUCUUGGCAGCCGUCACAUCCAUAAGGGCGGCCAUCCUGAUCCAGCAGUGGUACCGUCAGUAUGUGGCCCGCAUGGAGAUGAGGCGGAGGUACACCUGGCACAUCUUCCAGUCCAUCGAAUACUCAGGAGAGCAGGCUCAGAUCAAGCUUUACAACUUCCUGGGCUACCUCAUGGACAACUUCACACCGUCCAGCAAUGAGCGAAACUUGAUCUCGCACAUCUUCAGGGAGAACGAGGUGUGUCGGGACGCGGAGUGGGAGCGCUACUUCUGCUACAAGAACAUCGAGGUGCCCGAGAUCUACUCGGGACCUCACCUGUGCUUCCCUCUGACUGUGGAGCAGGCCGUCAGCAUGGUGGAGGCGUUCAGGAACAAGAAACAGCUGCACUCGCGCUACGUCCUGCAGCUCCUCCUGGAGACGUGGAAGCUGCUGCGCAUGUUGCCCAACAUCAGCCGCAUCUCCACCUGCCACAGCAAAGAAAUCACCAUUUGUGGCGAUUUGCACGGGCAGCUGGAAGACCUGCUGCUGGUCUUCUACAAGAACGGAAUGCCGUCCUUGGAGAAACCCUACGUGUUUAACGGAGACUUUGUGGACCGAGGCAAAGACUCCAUCGAGAUACUCCUCAUCCUCUUUGCUUUUCUGCUCGUCUAUCCGACCGAGGUCCACCUGAACAGAGGCAACCACGAGGACCACAUCAUCAACCUGAGGUACGGCUUCACGAAGGAAGUGUUGAAUAAAUACAAGAUGCACGGCAAACGGAUACUGAAGCUGCUCCAGAAGAUCUUCAGCUGGUUGCCAUUAGCGACGGUGAUUGACCAGAAGGUUUUGGUCCUACAUGGUGGGAUCUCUGACACCACAGACCUCAGCGUCCUGGUUAAAGUGGACCGACACAAUUACGUAUCAGCGCUGAGGCCACCAAAGAAGAAGUACCAGAGCUCUUCCGCGACAUCCAUCGACUCGGACAUGGAUGACGAUUUGGGCAACCACAGGCUCUUCCACCGCCGAGCUUCCCUCACGUGUCCUAAACCUCUGGGCCGCCGGGACAGCUUCCUAAACCGCUCCCUGCAGGACUUCUCCGAUCGGCUCAAGAGCAACGUGGAGGACGAGCUGAAGCUGUGCCAGCAGCGAGCGACUCUUUUCACCAUGGGGAACAACCGAGUGGAGAAAGGAGAGGACGCUUCCUUUGACUCGGUCAUUAGCGACAAUGCCAAGGAAGAGUGGAAGCAGAUCCUGGAUCUGCUGUGGAGUGACCCCAUGUCGCAGGACGGCUGCAUACCUAACGAGCUGAGGGGCGGCGGUUGCUACUGGGGUCCGGACAUCACCGAUGACUUCCUGAGCAAACAUAACCUGCAGCUCAUCAUCCGCUCACACGAGUGCAAGCAGGACGGUUACGAGUUCUGUCACAAUCGCAAGGUCCUCACGCUCUUCUCAGCCUCGAAUUACUACGACGUGGGAAGCAACCGAGGGGCGUACGUGAAGCUCGGACCCGACCUCGUGCCUUAUGUGGUUCAGUAUCAGGCCAGUAGCAUGACAAGAGAGCUGACCGUGCGUCAAAGCGUGGGCCAAACCGAGCGCUCUGCCCUCAAAGUCCUUCGGGAGCAGCUGUUUUCCCACAAGUCAGACCUCAUUUGUGCCUUUAAAAGUUUGGACAGUGAGAACACAGGUCUGGUUUGCCUGAACGACUGGGCGGCUGCGGUGGAGAGCGUGAUGCGUCUGGGUCUUCCUUGGAGGAUGCUUAGCUGUCAGCUGGUCGGCGCUAAGACCGGCGACGGCCUCAUCGACUACCACGAGUGGUUCAACGAGCUCGCCAUCAAGGGAGCCGACGCUGACCACAUCGACCAGUGUCUGCUGGAGACGCUGUACCGCCAUCGCUCCACGCUGGAGACCAUCUUCAGGAUCGUCGAUACGGACAACUCGGGCUUCAUCACCAUGGAGGACUUCCGUCAGACGUGGAAGCUGCUGAGCGUCUACCUGAAGAUGGAGAUCACGGACGAGGCCAUCUCCGACCUGGCCGUCGCCAUCGACAGCAACCACGACGGCAGCAUCGACAUCGACGAGUUCAUGGAGGCCUUCCGCCUCACCGACAAGAAGAGUCGGCUGGAGCGGGGCCGCAGCAUGUUCAUGGGCACGGCCACCGACCUCACCGCCCUGGAUGAGGACCCCAACAUUUGACCUCUGCGGGGAGGAGAAGACGCACAAACGACCCACUUUCAGAGCACCUUUGGGCUGCUUAGCAGGCUCGGUGGAGCGCAUCAGGACUUGUUCCUCUCCGGUGUUGUAGCUGGAGCUCCCUCUGCUGGAUGUGGUAGGACACUGCCUUCUUUAGCAACCCAAAAAAUGACUUCUGAUAUCUGCACCUUUAUCCGGAUCCUCACCAAAAUGUCAGCACUUCUUCUGCACCACACCGAUCGAUUUAACAGGUUUUGCGUAAUCCAGCUAAGUAAAAAAAAUGUGAAGGCAAGCAAAUGAACAGCUCGACAAUAUUUUUAAUUUUUUAAAUUAAUUUAUCAAUGAUUCUAUUUUCACUCAAACAAACUUGAUAUGCCUGCCUCAAACUUGAUAUCAGUUUUACAAAUGUACUUGCUUACUUGCUGAUCAAAAAUAACAGUGGAAAAACUCAACUAAAAAUGACCUUAUACACCCACCUUAGGGGAAAACUGCACUUUUGGGGGGGAAUUUUGCAUCCACAAUCCUUAGGUGAAACAUGAACACAUAUUUUUUUCCCUUUUCUGGGCGUUCUAGCGCAAGAAAACUAAUUAGCAUGAGCCAGCGAACAUAGCACGUCAUGGGGGGCACCUACCACCCUCUCAAAAACAUCAAACAUUUGAUCGCUUUACAUACAGUGGUGCGAAAAAGUGUCUGAGUUCUUAUUUUUUUGCAUGUUUGUCACACUUAAAUGUUUCAGAUCAUCAAACAAAUGUAAAUAUUAGUCAAUGACAACACAAAAUGCAGUUUUUAAAUGAAUUUUUUUAUUAUUAAGGGAGAAAAAAAUCCAAAGCUACAUGUCCCUGUGGGAAAAAGUGAUUGCCCCCUAAAGCUAAUAAGUGGUUGGGCCCCCCUUAGCAGCAACAACUGCAAUCAAGUGUUUUAGAGGAAUUUUGGUGCACUCAUCUUUGCAGAAUUGUUGUCAUUCAGCCACAUUGGAGGAUUUUCCUUUUUAAGGUCAUGUCACAGCAUCUCAAUAGGAUUCAGGUCAGGACUUGGACUAGACCACUCCAAAGUCUUCAUCCAUUCAGAGGUGGACUUGCUGGUGUGUUUUGGAUCAUUGUCCUGCUGCAGAACCCAAGUUGCUUUCAGCUUGAGGUCACCAACAGAUGGCCGGACAUUCUCCUUCAGCAGCAAGACUUCCAGGUGCUGAAGCAGCAAAACAGCCCCAGACCAUCACACUACUGUACCACCACCAUAUUUUACUGUCGCUAUGAUGUUUUUCUGAAAUGCGGCAUUACUUUUACGGCAGAUGUAAUGGGACACACACCUUCCAAUAAGGUUCAGACCACAGAGUAUUUUCCCAAAGGUCUUGGGGAUCAUCAAGAUGUUUUUUGGCAAAAUUGAGACGAGCCUUAAUGUUCUUUUUGUUCAGCAGUGGUUUUGGUCUUGAAACUCCGAUUUUGCCCAGUGUCUUUCUUAUGGUGGAGUCAUGAACACUGACCUUAACUGAGGCAAGUGAGGCCUGCGGUUCUUUGGAUGUUGAUGAUUUAAAACAUUACCCAAGCUUCUUUCCUCGGCGUACUGAUUUGACAUAGCCCACAGGAGCUAACGCUACUUCCGUCAACAAUGGCAGCACAGAAACAGCGACCGCACUUCCGAUGUCCGCUCUCAUUGGCAUGGCUGUGUCUUGUGCUCCAGUCCUCAGGUAAAAAUGCCAAACACUGAUGCUGUUUUAUUUUAUUUUUUCAGGGCGUUUUCUACGUAAUAGGUGCCUCCCACGAUGUGCAAUGUUAGCUUGCUCAUGCUAACUCGUUUUCUCGUUAGAACGCACAAGGGUUGUGGAUGAUGGGCAAAAUUCCUGAAAAAUGCAGUUUUCCUUUAAGAUGCAGUACGACGCAUCCUAAUAUGAAAAUAAAAAAACACAAAAGAGACAAACGUUUUGAUUUAGCAAAGUUUGAACAGCUAAUGAUUGAUGCACUGUAGCGUUGUAGUCAUCUUGUGUAUUUACUUUCAUUUGCUUUAUGAAUGGUUGCUUAUGAAUUCAACAUUAGCUAUACACAGCAAUGAAGAUCGUACUGUACAUUUUAUGUUUUAUUUCCUGACAAAUGAGUGAAAAUGUUCAGCGUUUAUCCUGUUUUGAAAACGUCUGUGUUAAAGAAGCACACAGAUGCUAAACAUGAAGUCAAUGCACAAAUGAGCUGCCACUAAAUGUUGCUUGUGCCUUAAAACGCUGUUAUAAAGUCAGUGCCAUCCUUGAUCAGAAGAGAAAUGGAUUUGUUUGUGAUGUAUUCAACGCUGACAUGACUUGUGUUUGCUAGUUCAACCCUCUCCAAGCCGAAUUUGUUCCAUUAGGAUGACUAAUAAAUGACCCAAUAAAUGUACUUGUGCUUGGUGCGUCACACCGAGGGGAAAAAUGUUUAAAACAUCUCAAUUCUAAAUACAAAUGUACCAUUUCGUUAGUGCUCCUUGA